UUGCAAACCUUGUCACGAAUUCUGUACGAUACGAUUUAUGAAUUAGAAAAGAUACCUUUCUCCCUCCAUCUCAACUCGCACAGCCCUACACAACCCUCCCCACGACGCGCCGCAUUCGACAUCCCCCGCUAGACCCCUGACGCCGUCCCGUCCACAUGAGAUAGGGCAGUCUGUGCGACACACAAUCCGCGACGAGAUGCUGGGGUUCCGGCCACUGCAGGUGGCCAAGCGGAAGUCGCCGCUGCACCGCAAACCGCCCGUCCGCGAGCGCCACGUCGAGGACGGCGACUACGACGAGAAGCAAUGGGUGAGCGACGACGACGACGACAGCGCCGCCUCCUCCCCGGCGUCCAGCGCCUACUCGUCGCGCCAGUCGUCGGCCGCCUACGAACCCAACCCCAACAACGAGGCCCGCCCCCUCGCCCCGAACCGCAAAUCCUCCCCCCGCGCACACCGCCGCACUCCCUCCCGCCCGUCCGUCAGCGCAUACAGCUACCGCAACCCGCGCGCCUUUACGCGCUACUUCGGCUUCGUCAUCGCCAGCGCGCUGGUCAUCUUCGUGUGGUUCCUGCUGAGCAGCAGUUGGGAGUCGAUUCGCAAUGCGGAGCUCGGCCUGCUCAAGUCGCCGCCGCCGCCGCCCGUGUGGGAGAGCUUCCCCUUCUUGAAGCGCUACCAUGGCGGCAUACGCACCCUCGUCAGCCGGGAGAAGAAUGUUCCCGAGUACCCGCGCAAGGAGGACAUUGACCCGGACAUGGAGCAGCCGGCGAAAAAGGAGGAGACACGCACAGUGGUGAAGAGGGAGGGCGCGCACAUCCCCGACUCGAUCGCAUUCGACCCGUACCCAGACUACAGCAGCGCGGCGUAUGUGGACAAAUACGGGCCGGUGGAGACGUGCUACCUCGAUGCGAACGACACAAUACGCAUACCGGGGUUAAGGGCAUACAAGGGCGUGACAGAGGGCAUGCCCGACAACAUCAUGGGCAGCUACGACCUGCUGGGUCUGCGGAGCGACGUGUGUUUUGAGCGCUUUGGACGGCUGGGUCCGUACGGGCUGGGGUAUAGUAAGCGGCGGGGCGGCACGGGCGCGGGCAUGGAGGGCGAUCGCGAGGGCAUGGAGAGCGUGUGGGAGACGGAUGCGGAGGUCGACUUCCGACAGGUACGGUGGAAUGACGUGCUGGGCCGCUGUUUGGAGAAGAAUAAGGGCCGCUUUGAGACGCAGAUCAAGUCGCGCGACCAUGCGUUCCAGGCUAUGGCUACGCAGAAACGCGAUGAUCUUCCACACACCACGGUGAAACCCACCGACGACACCGCGGACCUUACACACACCACGGUGAAACCCACCGACGACACCGCCAAAGCACAGCCCAAGCCGACACACAAAAAGCUGCUCCCCCGCACCGCCGUCCUCAUCCGCACCUGGUGGGACUACCACUACGACGACGAGGACCUGAUGUUCCUGCGCUCCCUCGUCGCCGAGCUCAGCAUCGCGUCCGGCGGCGAAUACCAAGUCCACUUCCUAAUCCACGUCAAAGACGACAACAAGCAGAUCUGGGCCGACGACGCCGUCUACCAGGACGUGCUCAAGAACUCGCUCCCCGCCGAAUUCGCCGGCAUGGGUACCCUCUGGUCAGAGCGACAAAUGGGCCUCAUCUACGGCGGCAUCCAAGACUCAAACUACCGCGGCCUCCCCGUCCACGGCGCCUACCGCUCCACAUACAUGCCCGUCACCUACUUCGCCCACCAGCACCCGGAGUUCGAAUUCAUCUGGCACUGGGAAAUGGACGUCCGCUACACAGGCCACUACUACCACCUCUUCGAGCAGAUCUCGCAAUGGACCGCCGCCCAACCCCGCAGAGGCCUCUGGGAGCGCAACGCCCGCUUCUACGUCCCCGCCGUCCACGGCUCCUGGGACGACUUCUCCCACAUGGUCCGCGUCCAGACCGAGCACGGCACAAACAGCAAAGCAAACGCAUGGUCCUCGCACCUCCCGCCCAACCCCCACGUCCCCGACCGCGGCAUCAGCAAGCCCGAAAAACCCAUCUGGGGCCCCGAGCCCCCCCUCGACUAUCCCGACAUACAAAUCGACCCCGCCCUCACACCCCCACACUCCCUCCUCGAAGACAAGAACGCGAAAGUACCGUGGGGUGUAGGCGAACCCGCAGACCUCAUCGUGCUGAACCCGCUCUUCGACCCGGAAAGCACAAACUGGAUCCUCGCCGACGAUGUAACGGGGUAUAACAAGUCCCGCGCUAUGCCCCCGCGUCGCACGGCUAUCAACACAUCGGGUCGUUUAUCCCGCCGCCUGCUGCUCACCAUGCAUAACGAGCAGGCGCUGCACCGCCACACAAUGUUCUCCGAAAUGUGGCCUGCGUCCACUGCCCUCCACCACGGACUUAAAGCCGUAUACGCGCCCCAUCCCGUGUUUAUCGACAGGAAAUGGCCCGUGCAAUACCUAGCCGCUAUAUUUAACAACGGCCGGAAUGGGGCGAGUGGGGGGGCUAGGCUGAGUGUUUUCUCGGAUGAGAGGCAGCAUAAUUUUCUGGGCACCACGUGGUAUUAUCAUGCGGGUUUUGCGGGGAAUCUGUGGAAGAGGUGGUUUGGGUAUAGGGUUGAUGGGGAUGGCGGGGAGGAGGAGGAGGGGGGGGGGGGGGGACGGAUGUGUUUGCCGGGGCUGCUGGUGCAUCCGGUUAAGCAGGUGGAUCUUGUGCAGGAGAGGGUUGGUGAGUGAGUAAGCAUGUUGUAGGUUGGCGAAACGUUUGUUUUUGUGUAUGGAGAUGUUGUAUGAAAAUUAGUUUUGUUAUGCAUGUGGAUAUAUCCAGAUUUUCUCACUUUUUGCAUCGUCUAUGACGUGUGCGUGUUGCAUCGCAAUAUCUCACCCGUUCAGGCAGCCAGCGUCUAGGCAGUUUCUCUCGUACGUCCCUGGAGC